AUGACCUCCAGGGAAACCAUUCCUAUCGGCACCAGAAAGUCCGCCCUCGCUAUCGCCCAGACCGUCCAGGUCCAGAGCGCUCUCGAGAAGCACAACCCCACAAAGUCCUUCCCUCUCCUCCGAAUGUCAACCACUGGCGACAACUUCCAGGGUCAACCUCUCUCCUCGAUCGGCACAACCGCCGUCUUCACCCGCGAACUCGAGACUGCUCUCGAGAUGAAGCAGUGUGAUCUGUUGGUCCAUUCCUUGAAGGAUGUCCCUACCCAGAUCAAGCCUGGAUUCGUUAUUGGUGCGAUGUUGAAGCGUGUGGAGCCAAACGAUGUGAUGGUUAUGCGUCCUGGUGAAUUCAAAGAACUCAAGGACUUUGGAAAGGGGGAUGUUGUGGGAACUAGCAGUGUUCGUCGCGCGAGUCAGAUCAGGAGAUUGUGCCCGGGAGUUCAAGUCAUGGACGUUAGAGGAAAUGUCAACACACGUUUGUCCAAGCUGGAUGCGGCCGACUCGCCUUAUACCUGCCUGUUGUUGGCUGCAGCUGGACUCCUGCGCCUUAACUUUGACGAGCGCAUCACUGCCACUCUCCCACCUAGUGUCAUGCUCCACGCCGUCGGUCAGGGAUCGAUUGCGAUCGAGUGCCGGUCGGACGACACAGAGAUUCUGGAGUUGAUUAAGCCAUUGGAUCAUUUGCCCACCCGCCUCCGCUGCGAGGCUGAGCGCAGUGUCAUGAGGAUCUUGGAGGGAGGUUGCUCAGUACCCAUUGGUGUCUGGACCGAGUUUGUUCAUUCUUCAGGAACCGAACCUACGGAAGCUGAAUCUGUUGGACAGUUGCGUUUGAAGGCUCUGGUGUCCUCGCUGGACGGAACCGAGAUUGCCGAGACGGAGGCUGUUGCUGAUGUGAACGGAAGCGUAGAAUUGGCUGUCGAGUUGGGUCAGACUGUCGCCAACCAAUUGCUGGCCAAAGGCGCGGACAGGAUCCUGACCAAGGUUCUCAGGGAUCGUAACACGACCUUGGUCCCUACUGGUACAGGGGAGGAGAAGACGAUCAAGGGAUGGGAGGUGUAA